UAAAAGGUUCCAACUACGCAACAAAAUUAAAUUAUUUCAUGGAAAACACAGUUGGAUGUAAAACUAACCGUUUGUACACGGACUUCGAACCUUAUUGCAUUUGGCAUAAAAAGGAAGAUACUAACACUCUUGAUGUUCAUCUUGAAGGUUUCAAAAAUCAACAGCUGAAGGUUGUGAUCAACGACGGGAGGAUACUAACAAUCUCCGGAGAACGACCAUUGGACAACAACAACAAAUGGAGUCGUUUUAGCAAACAAAUCAAACUGGCAGACAACAUCAAUGUCAACGACAUUCGUUCCAAGUUAGCCGGAGGGAUUCUCUCAGUUGUGAUGCCCAAGAAACCAGAAAAGAUCUCUAUGUCCAUUUCCCUGGCGUCGGAAGUCAUCCAAACGGCGACGAAGAAUGCAGGUGGUUGUAGGUUGGAGAAGGAUAACAAUAUGGGCAUCAAAGUUGGGGUUGUGCUUGUGUUUUUGCUCCUGGGAUUUGGAAUUUAUGUGAAAUGUAUAUGCGGAAAGUCAAAUUCUGCCAUGAAAAACACAGUUGGAUGUCAAACCAACCGUUUGUAUACGGACUUCGAACCUCAUUGCAUUUGGCAUAGGAAGGAAGAUACUGAUAUUCUUGAUGUUCAUCUUGAUGGUUUCAAAAAGCAACAGCUGAAGCUUGUGAUCACCGACGGGAGGAUACUGACAAUCUCCGGAGAACGACCAUUGGACAACAACAACAAAUGGAGUCGUUUUAGCAAACAAAUCAAACUGGCCGACAACAUCAAAGUCAACGACAUUCGUUCCAAGUUAGCCGGAGGGAUUCUCUCUGUUGUGAUACCCAAGAAACCAUAAAUUCUCCCCAUGUCCAUUUCCCUGGCAUCCGAAGUCAUCCAAACGGCGACGGAGAAUGCAGGUGGUUGGAGGUUGAAGAAGGAUAAAAAUAUGGGCGUCAAAGUUGGGGUUGUGCUUGUGUUUUUGCUUCUGGGUUUUGGAAUUUAUGUGAAAUGUUUAUGCGGAAAGCCGUUUGAUCCUUGUGCUGUAUUGAAAAGUAGUUGGUGAUAUGUAAAAAAUAGUGGGGUUCCAACUAUAUUUGGUGCAUUUAUGAAAUGCGUAAACAACCUUUUAUGAACGAAGGUUCGAGGUGUUUUAUAUAUGUAAUUGUGUUCGGUUCACUAUAGCAAUCAAAUUUCCAUCAUGCAUUUCUUCAUUUUCAU